ACCUGUCUGCCGACGGCGGGCUUGUGCCGGCGAUCGACGUAAUUAUUUGUCGGAGGUAUCCUAUGCGGUAUUACGAGAAGAGCGCGGAUGGAGUUGGCGUCGUGCGAACGCAGAAAGAGGAGGAAGAGGCGGCCGCGCGUUGGCAGGUACGAAGAGUCUGCUCCAAUCGUCGUCAACAUAUGUGUUACGUCCUCACUCGAAAGGUUCGCUACAGAAACAUUACAGUUCAGCGAUGCAGGAGAUUGCGGGUCAACUCGAAAAAGAAGCCGGGAAAUCGGAAACCAGAAGUGCACAGAACCUUACAGGCCGAGUAGCGCUGUCCGAAAUCCAAGAUGGCGAGGAGUUGCACGAACACGCCAAAGCUUUUGGGAACCACGCCGAAUUCAUCUCCAAGCUCGAAACCGAUCAACGCCAUGCGCUGGAAGACGCGAUGCGAGAAUCUCACGAAAAGCAGCGUGCACAGCUUUCUGAGGACCUUCGAGAACAACUGGAGACGGUUGCACCGCCGCGAAAUGUGAUUACGUUCUUGACGUUUCGCGUCUGCGAUUACCCACCGGAUGGGAUUCCACGGGAGAAAACGGGUCAAUCGAUGCUGACGAUAUGGGGUCCCGACGAAGGAUUGCUGGCACGCCUCGUUGAAGGCAAGCGAUUCAAGAUUUUCAACCUCAUACCGAAAGAGAACAGUCGUGACAAGCUCUGCCCGGUCUACCUGAGAGCGCAACGCAAUACGCAAUAUGUGGAGCUGCCAAGUCGACCGCAAAGGGUGGAACAAACCUUGUAUUCUCCCAGAGUGUAUACUACAUGCGCCAAGUCGAGUCCGCUCCCGAGUACGGAGGAGAUCGAUCUCGUUCUUGUUGUGAUUGACAUCGGUGAUCCCUCUCAACAUGUGUUUGGCACCGGGACGGCCCGAUACGAGACGAACUUGAUAUGCACAAAUGAGCAUGGAGAAUUUGUCGUGGUGGAAAUCAUCUCCAAAACCCCGACAGUGGUGAGAUUCAAGCCAUGGUCGAUUCUAUUCUGCAGAAACCUGGAGUACAUGGGCUACGAUCCCGGCUGCGACGCGUACAAGUUGAAAGCCGCAGGCAACGCAGAGCUGCUCCUAUCUGACCGCUCUACGAUGGGACAAAAGCUGAAGCAGUCCUUGACAGAUUACAUCGAAACAAACGAAGGCAACAUCAGACAAGAAGCCGCAGCACGCAGGUUUCUAAUCCAACCCAAAUCGGGAGUCAACGUGACGUACCAUACUUCCCCACCGCAGCGAUCAGUGAAGGAUGCCAUCCGGGCGGAUAUCAAAUUUGAGCGGCCGCCGGUCAUACCGCAUCGCAUCAAUGGAUACGUGUACCCGUUCGAAUGGAUCGAGAGGACUGUGUUGCAUGGGCAGACCGGGACGCCCGCAUCCAUUCUCUUGUCACUGACGCAGAACAUACCAACCGACGUCGACAAAUCGAGUAUGUAUUCCCCCGAUGUAGGACCAGAUGUCUUCACAGAGAUCGCACUCGACGACGGCGUCCAGAUCCACCACGUCCGCAUCCCACCGUCUAUCUUGCGCAAUAUGUUCCACGACUCCUCGUGCCUUACCAUCUUCGAAGCCAUGACCGCCCCACAUCCGCUCGAAGAGGACGGCACCGUGCCGUCUUUGCAGGGCGCCCUUACGCGACAAAGGGCUAACCGUCUCUCCCACUCCCACGACGGACAGCUCAAUCCGGCCACACUCAUCAAGACCCUAUCUUCAGCGCGCAUCAUGGCCGACCCGGCCAUCAACGAAUUUCUAGACGCCUGGACGAUGCGGAAUGGGAAGACGAAGGACACGUUGAGUGAGGCUGAUAUGGAAACGUUCGUUGCGGACUCGUUGUAUGGUGGACACGGUCCCAGUCCCGCGGAUAAUGAUGACGGCGUCGUGUUCUGUUGGACGGAAUGGCGGGAUUUGUGUCGGGUUGUGUCGCAGGAACUGGGGGAGAAUCGGGUUGAGAUCAAUGUAAGAUCCGAGGCCGGGGUCCUGGUCGCGGAAGAGAUCUCGACGCCGAGGGUUUUGGAACAGGUGCAGGGGCUGCUUUCUUCGCUGUCGCACAUGCAGUAUAACGUGUGCCCCCAGGCCGCGAGUGUAGUCCAUGUAUCGUACAUACGGCUUAUGUCUGUAGAGCGGUAGACUGAUUGAUACUUUUUGGUUGUUGGAGAAUGAAAAUCUGGUAACAGGGAUGUUCGCAGCAUUGGAUCUUCCGGACAUUAUUCCCAUUGAAUCUGGAGAACGUAAAUAGAGCGCCGAUUUCAGAGCAAGAGAAACGGAAAAUUUGUAUUCGGAAAUAUAUAUACAUCAAGGGAAAAAAAAAAAGCCGAUGGAAAUUCGUCAGUCCGCCAAGAGGAGUGGGUAUACAAGAGUUGCUAUAAUAUAAAGACGUCGAUCCCCGUGUGCCUGUCGAUAUGUCCUGAGCGCCGACCCCGAGAAAGGCGCGAAAUUCAGUUACGCCGGCAGGGAGGUGUCGAGGUUCACCCAUUUACGAUUUUAUCACUACAG